ACAUAGAGAAAAUAAAUGUUUAUAUUUUCUUCAGUACCUAGAAUGUAGUAAUCUCGAAUAAAAUUGGAAAUCAAAUUUUAAAUUAAUGUAAAUAUUUACAUCCUUUUUUAAAAGGAAAUCAUUACUUUAUUUCUAAAGCAGAUUUUUUUAAAUAAAUUUUAGGUAAUUGUGUAAUCUGCAUUGCAGUCAUUCUCACGAUGGGAACAAACCUUCUAUGCGACAAUUCAGCAUUCUUACCUUUAGAGCAUAAGAUUCUGUCAGAAAAAAUGAUCCGUAAAGCAGAAGAAGAGCUUGGAGAGACAAAGGAAAAGAGAAAGGAAUGUCUGGAGGAAUUUAAAAAACAGAUCAAAAAGGAAAAGAACUUGAAUGCCAACACUUCUGAUGAAUUCCUUUUGAUGUUUCUGAGGGCUAAAAAGUUUCGACUUGAUGCAGCGUUUAAAGUUUUGAAGAGAUAUUACUUAAACAGAAAAACUUACUCAAAUCUGUACCAGAAAUUUUCUCCCGAGAACUGUCGUAAGGUUUUACAAGCGAAUAUUUUAAAUUUUCUGCCCUUAAGGACACCUGACGGUGCAUCAGUUUGGGUGCCAAGGUUAGGGGCUUGGGAUACGAAAUCAUUUUCUAUUGAAGAAAUCACCAGAACUGGUUUAGUAUGCGUAGAAAAGGAGAUGAAAAAUCCAGUAACUCAAGUGUGUGGCAUGGUAGUCCUCAUAGAUCUCAAAGGGUUUUGUUGGUCCCAUAUGUCUCAAAUUACCCUGAGUAGUCUUAAAUGCUUCAUCAACACCGUUCAGGAUGGCUUGCCAGUGCGUCAUAAGGCAAUGCAUAUUAUCAACAAUCCCAGAAUAUUCGGUUUUGUGUUCGACACCGUGAAGCCCCUCUUAAGUGAGAAAAUAAAGAAAAGGGUAUACUUCCAUGGAAAUGACUUGAGUAGUUUACAUCAGUUCCUUCCUCCAGAAAUGCUGCCUGAAGAAUUUGGUGGAAAACAGGGCCCAUUUGGAAAUGAAAGAUUUUAUAAAAGCUUACUGGACAGUGAAGAGGAAUACAAAAUCUAUCAACAGUAUGGAUAUAGUGCCAUCAGAAUAGCCAUGGAAAACAGCACUCCUCCUGCACAAUUUGUUAGUUUUAAUUCAAAUGCGAUAACUGAAGAUAUUCGAAGAAUAGCAGAAAUUGAAUUAAAUGAGAAGGACAGUGCAAUUACAUCUGCUUUGGAGACAGUUAAGGAAUUGCUUAAACAAGUCCAGAUGGCUGUGCUGUUUUAUUAUCAAAAUUUGCACAUUGCAGAGAAAAUUAUGAAAACUCCAUGCAGCCACCCCAGCUGCUGUAAAUUUAACCUGGGAUCACUACCAGUGUUCAGAGGGCUGAACCACUCAACUGGUAGAUCUGACUGGCUAAAUAAAUUAAAAAUAGACUGUUUGCCAGUUCGUGACAAAGCUAUUCACAUCAUUCAUCAUUCAAGUAUCUUCUCAAUACUCUUUGCUCUUGUUAAGCCAUUGUUGAGCCAAAAAGUAAAAAAUAGGAUUUAUUUUCAUGGUGAUCUGAAUAGUUUACACCAGCACCUUCCUCCUGAAAUUUUACCUGAAAGUCUGGGUGGAAAGCUGAGUGAUUUGCCUAAUGAAGAUUUUUACAAAUCCUUAAUAAAUAGUGAAGAAACAUUUGUUAUUAGGCAAAAUUAUGGUUAUAUGAAAGGUUCAAGUACCUAAAUACUAAUUUUAUUUUCUUCUUCUGUGAUUUUAGCAUCUUUUCUGUGAUAUAUAUAUAUAUAUAUAACGUAACUUUUGUAGACUAUGUAGUAAAUUAAAAUGUUCACUAAUUUGUACAUAUAUCAUUAUUGUUACAAGCAAAAGUGAUUGAUAUAAUUAAAUUUUGACAUCAUGUAUUUCUUAAAAUUUAACUCGCCUGUCUUUUAAAUCAUGUCCAGUCAUUUAAAUCCAACUGGUGACAAAUUAUCAUCCAUCACAUUUUUUUUUAUAAGCCAUUAUAUAGACAUUAGAUUUUUUGAAUCAGAAAACAUGAAAAAUAAACUGAUAAUCCUCACUGGGAUUCAAACCAUGAAUCUUCUAGUUGUAACUCGAUGUGCUAAACACUAUUUGAGCUUGCAUGAAGGGAUGUAAUUAGUUCUUACAUUCUCCUUAAAGGACAAUUGGGAAGGGACACAAAAUAGUCAGUUGAAUCCAACUGAUAACAAAUUAUCAUAGAUUCAAACCAUUCGCUGGAAUUCAAACUAUAAACCUUCCAAUUGUUAACUCGAUGUGCUAACCACUAAGGACAUUAAAGCAUGCCUGAGGGAAUAUGUUAUUUCCUUACAAUAUGCUAUUGAAGUUAAAGUAGCAUCUCGCUGUGGGUUUAAAUUCGCUGUGGGUUAAUUUAAAAUUAGCUCAGAUUUUCAUUAUUUAAGUUUAAAUAUUUCUUCCAGUAUAUUAGCUGCAGUAUACUUUCCAAAAAUAAAAAUUAAAAGCCAGAUUUUGCAAACAGUUUGUUUUUUGGUGUGUCAGCAAGUAAUGUAAUCAAAUACAUUUGUUUUGUUUUCCUGCUUAAAAUAAGCUUUGUUAAACUGUUUGGUGCACUGAUCUUGUACUUGAUUUGUUAAGAGUCAUUGAGACAACAAUGAAUCACAAGGUUGAUUCUCAUUGAUUUAAUAGCUGUAAAAUUGCUUUCCUAUCCAUAAGCACAUAUUAAUAAAUUCUGCAUGUUGUAACACUAUAAUCAGGACUUCAUUUCAAAAAUAAAAAAAAAGUAGCUAAGAGCAUUGAUUUUAAAAAUUGUAAAAUGAUAUAUUAGAAACCCAAAAAUUUUCAAAUAAUAAAUCAGUAAGGAAAUCUGAGGUUAAGUUAUUUCAAUAUGGAGAAAUGCACAAGAGCUAUCUGCCUAAUGGCCCUCUUAAUGAGAGAAACUGUGUUCACGUUACACAUGGAGAAAAUCAACUAUGCAGCCAGUCCAUUUUCCAGGUAUUGAACCCUAGUCAAACUCCCAGCAUUUAGUAAUCUGAAUAAAGCAAUAUUAAACUUGGAUAAAUAUAAUAUUUCUGCAAAUAUUUUUCUUAUCCAGUAUCCAAACAUUUUUAUACUAAACAUUCUCAAGGAAUGUCCAAACUAACUUGUCAUUUAGCCACCUCUUCACUGAGAUUGUUUGUACCAGGUGCACCAUAGAUGCCACCAAUAUUACACAUGCAAAAACAAAGAUGCACAACUCAUCCAUGUCUUAGAGAUUCAAACCUGGGUUCUAACAAUAUGGCUGAUGGCUCCAUUAACCAUCAUGUUAAACAGGCAGCAUUUAUUUUAAACUAUUAUAUAAAUUCCUUGUAUGAAAAUUACUAGGAUUUUUUUUUUUUUUAAACAUAUGUAAAGAAGUGAAUCUAGGAUGAGUUUUCAGAAUAACACUGCUAAACAUAAUACAUGAAUGUUGGUUAGCUAUUACACAUUCUUUAAGUUAUGUCUUGAGUACUAUGUAGCAGGGAGGAAGAUGUAACUGCAAAAAAGUUGAUUCUUUAAUAUUCUAGACAGACUUCCGAUUACUGAACACUGGUAGUUCGGUCAGAGGUUCGAAUCCCGCGAAUGGGCUGGCUGCAUGGGUGUUUUCGUGGUUUUCCCCAUGUGUAACGUGUAUACGAGCCAGUUUCCCUUAGAAAGUUCUCCACGAAGGCAUCCCUCCCCUUAGGCAGAUAGCCCUAGUGUGCUUUGCCAUAAUUAAAUACACCAGACUUCCGAUUAUGUCUUGAACACUUAAGUUGGAAAUUUUUUUAGUGUUUUACCAAUUUAUUUAUAAAAAAAACCACACAUUUCAACAAAUAUUAAAUGUAAAGCAUACACUUUCUAUUCAUAUUAAAAUAUUUCAAAUAUAAAAUAAAUCUAUAUCAGAUUUCAUGUAAAUGAUGGCUUCAGUUGACAGAGAAAUACAGGAAUAUCAAAGCCAAGUUUCAUUGUACUUCACCUGAAAUUUAAACACUGACUGUAAGUUAGGUUUGCUCAUUAAAAUUGAAAAAUUAAGCUCUGUGUUUAGAAUUAUUAUAUAAAUCAAGAUGCAAAUAUAUUAAGGAAGGAGUAUGAUAUACUGUGAAUUUUUAUUCCUUUUCAAUUGAAUGUGAAAAGAAAAUUUAUACCAAGAUUUCUGUCUAGUUAUGAUUUUGACAGAUUACUAAAAUAUUGAUUCUAGUUUUUCUUAACCAAAAUUAAUCAUUUUAUAUUUUCUGUGUUAUUCCCAUACCCAGGGCCAAGCAGAAUUUAGGAUGGUAAAAUGCCUAGUGCUGGCCUUGCCCCUACACUCCUGAAACAAAGCAAGGUAGAAAACCACCAUAAAACAUUGUAUAAUUGAAAAUUCAUUGCAGUUGAGAUAAACCUUCUUUUUCCUUCUGCUCCUUAAUAGUUCCUUAAAUUUUGAAGUACUAUUAAUAAAACUUCAUUAAAUUUUGUAUUUCUUAUCUGUA